AUGCUACCGCAGUUGUUUCUAAAGUUACAUAUGAUACAAAAUCAAAUACUUUUAUCUGAUUUUUAUCUUCCUCUUGAUAGCAACGGAUUACCAAUCCAAAAUUCUUACUCAACCGACUCAUUUACUCGUCUUGAAGAAUGGUACUCUGAUAUUACACGAGCAACAUUAUUGAACGUCUAUCUUAUUCAACCACUUUCAUCCUCAUUUAACAUUUCGCCAUAUAUUUUUGCAGCAUACGAUACUGAUAAUAAAUUUGAAUCGUCAGAUGUUAUUUUUCGUUGGUACAAAAUUUAUCAAGAAUGCAAGGCUUAA